AGGAUGUCAAGCACCGUCGGGUCUGUUACCAUCACUCAGAGAGCACCAGAGAAGAAGGGCUCUAGCAAAGGCGCGGAAUUCCGAGCUGUAGAUCCGCCGCCAUGGGCUUCCGUGUCGAUCAUCGCGAUCGUCGUUACAUCUUUCAGCCUUGCGUUCUACAUCACUCCGAUGUACUUCACCAGCAGAAUUUGCGGAAACGGAAAAGGCAGCCCAGUUUGUACCAGCGAGUCGGUAGCUUCAGCUUAUGGCGGGCUCGAAGGAGCCAUCGAGGUGGUGAAGGCAUCGGGAUCGCCCGACUACAUUCUAGCAUGCAUUCCGCUCUUCCUUGCGAUGAUUCUCGCCGAGAUGGUGAUCUCCGUAGCUGCUGGUUUGCAAUGCGUUGGAGGACGAUACGACAUGUCCGACACCUGGUCGUCAUUGACGGCAGGGACCACCCAACAGAUGUCUGUAGCCUUGAUCAAGGCGCCGCUGAAGUUGAGCCUUGUGCCCUACUCUUACAUUUACUACAACUACGGUCUUCCUUCAGGCCUCGCUCGGAUGUUCCCAGUGGAACAGCCUUGGGUCUGGGUGUUUGGGUUUGUCUUCACUGACUUCUGCUACUACUGGUUUCAUCGACUGGCGCAUCAGGUCCAGAUCAUCUGGGCCGGCCACUCGGUCCAUCAUUCCUCGGAGUACUACAACCUGUCCACGGCCCUCCGGCAGUCUUGGUGGGCCACCCUCAUAGGCAGCGUCUUCUACUUCCCCAUGGCCUUGUUCCUCCAUCCCGCCCUCUACUCGGGGCUGGAUCAGGCCAACGUGGCCUAUCAGUUCUGGGUGCACACGUGCCUGAUCAGGAGGCUGGGGGUGUUGGAGUGGUUCUUCAUGACGCCUUCGCAUCACCGCGUGCAUCAUGAUCGGAGGGUCCACAAGAACUUCGGCGGCUUCCUCAUCGUGUGGGAUCGCUUGUUCGGCACCUUCCUGGACGAGACCGAAGGGCUCAAGCAUCUCGACGCUUCUCCUUCCUCAGAGCGCCUCCCCCAGGAGGAGGUCAUGCUCUUCGGUACAGCCGCCAAGGUCAGGUCGUGGACGGACGUGGUGCUGCAGCUCCAGUUCUGGCAGCCCAUCUUCGACUCCAUCCGUCACUUCCGAGGCUUCACUGGCGUCUUUCGCGCGGCACUGGUGGGCCCAGGCUUCAGCACAGUGACCGCAACUCGCGCGCUCCUGCCUCCCUCCUCCAGCGCUCAGAGGAUCAGGAAGCGGUCGGACUUGCCGGCAGCCGGCAAGGCCUACGUCUUGGUUCACUUCCUCAUCGCAGUGCUAGCAGGCUUUGUGGUCCUGCUCUUCUCCUCCACUCCCUACCCCGUCAGGCUCCUCCUCGGGGGUUGCGUGCUGUCCUCGCUCUACUGCCAGGGGCUGCUGCUGGAUGCCGAGGGGAUGAAAGGCGUCAGGGUGGAGGCGAUCAAGUGCUGCACGUUCCUCCUCUUCUGCGCCGCGUUCCUCUACAGCUCAGAGGAGGCGAAUCCUUACUCAGAGCUCAGGACGCCGCUCGUGGUCUCCAUGCUCAAGGCAGGAGCUGGAGCUCAGAUCGGCUCGCUCCUCUUCCUCCUCAGCAACCAUGGCGACUUCCUCCCCGUCUCCUCACGGUGAUGGCGGCAUCGUCAAGUUAACGCGCAAGCAAGCCGCUUAGCUACUGUCCUUCUGAUGUGUUCGUUUGUAUCAUUAAAGCACCGAGAUUCUAGUG